GUGGCUGGAAUCAUGAAAUGUCGGUACUGCAAGAAGGAUUACCGGGUGGCGACGAAUGGCGUGCCGGCGCCGGCUUUAAAGGUGGCGGAUUCCGGCGCCUGCGGAGAGUGCUACGAGAAAGCUAUCGAGGCUAAGGAGGAGCUCAAGCACGAGAACGACGAUCUCAAGGCCAAGGUCGCCUUCCUCUCCCUCCCCCCAGGCCUUCACCUUCCUUCCUUCUCCGACGUUGUCCUCGUCGCCUCCGACGACGGUCUCGGUCACUCCAACGCCAUUACAAUUUCCGUCCCUGCCCAUCGGGCCGUUCUGGCCAGCCGCUCCCCAGUUUUCAGAGCCAUGUUUGAAAAUGAGAUGGAGGAAAGCCUGAGCGGUACCAUCAAAAUAGGUGAUGUAUCAUGUGAUGCUCUUCGCUCCUUUGUCAAUUAUCUGUACACUGCAGAGGCAAGCCUUGAUGAACAAAUGGCCAUUGACCUUUUAGUAUUGGCCGAGAAAUACCGAGUGAAACAUCUCAAGACCUAUUGUGAAAACUACAAGGUGUCCGAGUUGAACUGGGAGAAUGCCCUCAAGAAUUUUGUCUUUGCACGCCAACACAACGCUAAGAUCUUAGAAGAGGCAGCCUUAUUAUUGAUCAUGGACAACAUGGAGAAGCUUAGCAAGUGUGAUGUAUAUAUGGAGCUCGUGGAGAAGGAUCCCCGACUUGUUGUAGAAAUCUACGAGGCUUAUCACUCAGAGGUAGGUUAAUACUGCUGCACUCAGAAGGUACGCGAAUAAUGAUCCAUGAGGAGUUUUUUAUUUAUUCAUGAAUCAUUUUAAAUUUCAAGCUCUUUAGUUGUAUUAAAGACUCGCAGAAGGCCCAAGAUAAACGAUAUUUUGUGUAUUUAUUUGCAAAUUUAGUCAUAUCU